AAACGUCAAAAUCGCUCUUUUCCAGCUAGUUGCUUUCAUUUUUCGCGACGUGUUGCGGUUCUCGGUGUCAGCGAAUUUCCCGAAUAACCAGCUGCAAAAUGCAAGGUCCAGCCGUAUUUAUCGACGCCGAGAUCGAGGAUCAGGCGCAAGAACUGCGGAAGUUCUUCAAAUCCCUGGGUGCGGAGAUAAGCGAGGAGAAAUCCUCGAAAGGCAUCGAAGAUGACCUGCACAAGAUUAUCGGCGUGUGCGAUGUGUGCUUCAAGGAUGGCCAGCACACGGUCGAGGAGAUCGAUGCCGUGCUGAACAGUGUCGUCUCGAUUGUCGUUUCGAUUCCGCUGGAACGUGGGGAGAAUCUAAUUUUGGCCUUCUGCGAGAAGAUGACCAAGGCCCCGGAUACCAACCUGGCUCGGGUUUGCCUGCAGUCGUUGUGGCGCCUGUUCAGUAAUCUGGAACCGACCUCACCGCUUCGGUACCACGUCUACUAUCACCUGGUUCAAGUGGCAAAGCGGGCCGAUCAGGUUAAGGAGGUGUUCUCCGGUGUGGAUCAACUCAAGGCACAAUUUACCCAGUGUCCACCAUCGAACGAGCAAAUGCAAAAGCUCUACCGGUUAUUGCAUGACGUUCUGAAGGACACCAACAGUGAGCUGGCUUCCAAGGUGAUGAUCGAACUGCUGGGAACGUACACGGCGGAGAAUGCUUCCUACGCCCGUGAAGAUGCCAUGAAGUGUAUCGUGACGGCGCUGGCCGAUCCGAACACUUUCCUGUUGGAUCCCCUGCUAUCGUUGAAGCCGGUCCGGUUCCUUGAGGGCGAACUAAUCCACGAUCUGCUGUCGGUGUUCGUUUCGGAGAAGCUUCCUAGCUAUCUGCAGUUCUACAAGAACCACAAGGAGUUUGUCAAUUCUCAGGGACUUAACCACGAACAAAACAUCAAAAAGAUGCGCCUUCUUUCGUUCAUGCAACUGGCGGAAAGCAAUCCGGAGAUGACCUUCCAACAGCUCCAGGAUGAACUGCAGAUCGGUGAAAACGAGGUGGAACCGUUUAUCAUUGAGGUGCUCAAGACGAAACUGGUCCGCGCCCGUAUGGACCAGAAGGCUCGCAAGGUGCACAUCUCGAGCACCAUGCACCGGACCUUCGGUCGGCCCCAGUGGCAACAGUUGCGUGAUUUGCUGCACGCGUGGAAAGCCAACCUGACUCUGGUUCAGGAAAACAUGAAAUCGGUCACCGAAGCGCAAGCCGAAUUGACGCAUAAGCAGUAAGUGAAUGUGGUUUGAAGUCGACUGUUUAGAGAGAAAAAAAAAAGAAAGUAAGAAAAGAGACAGUGAAAUAGACUACUUAUUGAUAUAAAUUGGAACAACACAGUGAAUUGUUGUGAAGUGACUCCCUCCCGCCCAGCCUAAUCUCUGCCAAUCUGGUGGAUUUAAAAGUGUAAUUUUUCCUGGUAUUUGCCAGGGCGGGAGCUUCCGGGUGUGUGCGAGUGACAAAACAAAACAAACUAAGAAGAGAGAACUAAGAGUAAGCAAGUUCGAGGGAGGGACACUGACAUCUGCCGGGGCCUCUGGGCCUUGGGUUGGAUAGAUAGUGAUCCUGAGCCUGGCGACGACGGGGUGGGGUGGGGCGUUUCGUUCAAUACAUUAAUCAGCAUCGUAUAGCGUAGUAGAUGGGGGAUAAAUAACCGAUAAGCUUGUAUUGAUUACAAUUUUCAUUAAGUAAUAUAUACAAUUUUAAAGUAUGAACGAAA